AUGAAGCAGGAGAUGAUGGCGGAUGGGCCCCGGUGCAAGCGUCGAAAACAGGCUAACCCCAGACGGAAAAACGCUCUCAACUACGAGAAUGUUGUGGAGACCAGUUCAGAGACAGAAGAGGAGGACAAGCUGCAGGUGUCUGAGGAAGACCCACUGAUCAACGGCACCGGUAGCCCGGCCAGCCUGGUCAACGCUGACUCCUCGCCGUGUGCCGAGAGCCAUGGGUUGCCCACCAAAGAUGAGGAGGACGAUGAGAUGAGGGACAGCGGGGUGGAGCACAUCUGGCCUGACAGUGACAUGCUGAGUGCCUCAGUGGAUGGUACCGAUGAAAUCAAAGAUUUUGACACCUUGGGCCCAGAUGCCACUUUGCAAAUAGCUGGAAAUGGUACAGUUAAGAGCAUCAAUUGCACUUCAGAGUUUGAGGACUUUUUUGCCAAGCGGAAGCUGGGUGACAGCGACAGCCACGUGGUGAGCAUCGCUGAGUAUCUACAGCGAGGCGAUACUGCCAUCAUCUACCCGGAAGCUCCGGAGGAGCUGUCCCGCCUUGGGACGCCAGAGGCAGCAGGACCAGAGGAAAGCGACCUGCCACCUGGAACGCCAGAUGCCUUUGCCCAACUGUUGACCUGCCCCUACUGCGACCGGGGCUACAAGCGCUUGACAUCACUGAAGGAGCACAUCAAGUACCGCCAUGAGAAGAAUGAGGAGAACUUCGCCUGCCCGCUGUGUAGCUACACGUUCGCCUACCGCACUCAGCUCGAGCGACAUAUGGCCACGCACAAGCCUGCGAGGGAUCAGCACCAACUGUUGAACCAAGCAGCCGGAAACCGCAAGUUCAAGUGCACUGAGUGCGGAAAGGCCUUCAAGUACAAGCACCACCUGAAGGAACACCUCCGCAUCCACAGUGGUGAGAAACCAUACGAAUGCCCCAACUGUAAGAAGCGCUUCUCUCACUCGGGAUCCUAUAGUUCGCACAUCAGCAGCAAGAAGUGUAUUGGCCUGAUUGCUGUUAAUGGCAGGAUGCGUGGCAACAUAAAGACUGGUUCCUCACCCACCUCGGCCUCCUCCUCACCCACCAACACUGCCAUCACCCAGCUACGGCAAAAGCUGGAAAACGGCAAGCCAGUGGGACUCUCUGACCACAACAACCAUCUAAGCAUCAAGACAGAACCCCUUGACUUCAAUGACUACAAACUGAUGAUGGCCUCACACGGGUUCGGAGCUCCUGGGCCUUUUAUGAAUGGGGGAGUUGGAGGGAACAGUCCGUUGGGGGUUCACCAGAACUCAACAGCCCAGAGCCCUUUGUCACACCUGAGUAUGCCUGGACUUGAGUCGCAGCUUCUUGGGUACCCAGGCCCUCUGAUUAAUAACCUGAGUGAGGUACAGAAAGUCCUCCAGAUUGUAGACAAUACAGUGUGCAGGCAGAAAAUGGACUGCAAACCAGAGGAACUGUCCAAGCUCACAGCCUACAUGAAGGAAUUAGGCUCACAAGUGGAGGAGCAAAAACAAGGCCUGACAUCAGCAGGCGGGCCUCAGGUCAGUCUUCCACUUGUCAAUCACAAUGGCGCCACCAAAAGCAUUAUAGACUACACACUUGAGAAGGUCAACGAAGCCAAAGCCUGUCUCCAGAGCUUAACCACAGACUCAAAGAGACAAAUCAGCAAUAUCAAACACGAAAAAUCCAACCACAUGCUAGAAGGUGGCAUGGACGAAAAGGCAUCAGAGAACAUGUUUACACCAUAUGCGUGUCAGUAUUGCAAAGAAACCUUUCCCGGUCCCAUCCCACUCCAUCAACAUGAGCGCUACCUGUGCAAAAUGAAUGAGGAGAUCAAAGCUGUGCUCCAACCGAGUGAGAACCUGAUCCCCAACAAACAUAUAUUCAUGGAAAAGAAUGCUCAUUUGACAUCUUCCAUCUUGACGGAGAAGGGCCUGGCAGGUUCCCUUCAUCCCUACAGGGACCACAUGUCUGUACUGAAGGCAUAUUUUGCCAUGAACAUGGAGCCCAACUCUGAGGAGUUGCUCAAGAUUUCUAUUGCCGUUGGCCUUCCUCAGGAAUUUGUCAAGCAAUGGUUUGACCAGCGGAAGAUGUUCUCGUAUGGUAGCACCAGAACGCCGCCGCUGGAGCACAAGAACAGCACUGAAAUGGUCGUUGGAACGAACAACCACCAAACUCCCCCCAAAGACCCUCUUGCAGCACGGUCACCAAUGUCUCUUAUUAAACCAGGGGACUGUAUCACAUCCCCAGCCAUCGCUGAACUCCACAACAACUGUGACAGCUCUCUCAGACAUUUGAAAAAUCACCAAUUCGGUGAGGCAAAAACCCCAGGUGAUAAGUUGGACCAUUCCCGCAGCAACACCCCGUCACCCCUAAACCUGUCAUCCACGUCCUCUAAACAUUCGCACAGUAGUUCAUACACGCCCAACAGCUUGUUGUCCGAGGACCUGCAGGCUGAGCCCCUCGACCUUUCGCUUCCACGACUCAUCAAAGAACCUAAACACGCCCUUACCAUAAAAAGUCGACCCAAAGUAAACAGUGUUACUGUCGAGCAUAGCAGUGUCCCCUCACCACGCGAGCACUUCGAAGAGCCUCUAAACCUAGCCUAUCUCAAGAAGGAAUUCUCCGCCUCUGUCAACAAUGGCAACCUGGAGAAAAGCACUAGCCCAAUAUUUGGCAUUAAUCCCUUUGCCGCCAAACCCAUGUACACAUCACUUCCUCCUCAAAGCGCUUUCCCACCGGCCACAUUCAUGCCCCCAAUGCAGGCCACCAUCCCAGGACUAAGGCCCUAUCCGGGCAUGGAACAGAUGGGUUUCCUACCACACAUGGCCUACACAUACGCAGCUGGUGCCGCUACCUUUGCUGAGAUGCAACAGCGGAGAAAGUACCAGAGGAAACACGGUUUCCAGGGUGAGCUGCUCGACGCUACAGCCGAUUACAUGUCAGGGCUGGACGACAUGACAGACCCCGACUCCUGUCUGUCGCGGAAGAAGAUUAAGAAGACUGAAAGUGGUAUGUACGCGUGUGACUUGUGCGACAAAACAUUCCAGAAGAGCAGUUCCCUUCUCAGACACAAAUAUGAACACACAGGCAAGCGGCCGCACCAGUGCCAGAUCUGCAAAAAGGCCUUCAAACACAAGCAUCAUCUCAUCGAGCACUCCCGUUUGCACUCGGGUGAGAAGCCCUACCAGUGCGACAAGUGCGGCAAAAGGUUCUCGCAUUCAGGCUCGUACUCGCAGCACAUGAACCAUCGCUAUUCGUACUGCAAGCGCGAGGCGGAAGAGCGUGAGGCGGCCGAGAGAGAGGCCCGCGAGAAGGGCCACCUGGAGCCCACGGAGCUGCUGAUGAGCCGAGCCUACUUGCAGGGAAUGACACCUCAGGGUUACCCAGAGCUGGCGGAGCGCGAGGCCAUCUUGCGGCACGAUGGCGUGAACGGAGGGAUCAUAGAGGGACGCAAGGAAGUGGAUGAAGAAUAUGUGAAGAUAGGACGCAGGGAGGACGAGUUUGAGUUUGAGGAGGAGGAGGAGAGCAAGAGCAUGGACACGGACCCGGACACGUUGAGGGACGAAGAGGAGAACGGAGAGCACUCGAUGGACGAUAGCUCACUGGAUGGCAAAAUGGAAACCAAAUCGGAUCGCGAGGACACAAUAGAGGACGCCAUGUAG